UGUUCUUCUGAUCCCACUAUGAAAACAGUUUGUCUAAUUGGACUAGUAGCAGUACUAGGCGCAGUGAGCGCCCUGCCCGUCGACGAUCGCGUUAAUGGCGAGAACGGCUGGUACGUGCCUCAGGCGGAUGGCUCCUUUGAGUGGAUCGACUUAGACGAUGCUGAGGAUCUGUUGGCGAAGGGCGAGGCGAUGGAGGGUCGCAUCAGCACAAAUGCUGUUUCCUUCUAUCUGUAUACCCGUUCCAAUCCUACCAAGGGUCAGGAAAUUUCGACCAAGGGCUCGUCCGUUGCCGAUUCGCAUUUCAACAAGGAUCAUGGCACUCGCUUUGUUAUUCACGGCUGGACCCAGAGCUACAAGGACUCCAUGAACACUGAAAUCACCAAGGCCUGGCUAGCGCGCGGUGAAUACAAUGUCAUCGCUGUCGACUGGUCCCGUGCUCGCUCCAUAGACUACGCUUCCUCUGUGGUGGCUGUUCCCGGUGCCGGUGCCAAGGUUGGAGACAUGAUCAAGUACCUGAACGAACACCACCAACUGUCCCUGGAUAGCCUGUACGUAAUUGGACACAGCUUGGGUGCCCAAGUUGCUGGCUACGCUGGCAAGACCGUGGGUGAAGGCAAAAUCCACACCAUCAUCGGACUGGACCCUGCCCUGCCCCUGUUCAGCUACAACAAGCCCCACAAACGUCUCUCCUCUGACGAUGCCUGGUAUGUUGAGUCCAUUCAGACCAACGGCGGCAAGCUGGGCUUCCUCAAGCCCAUUGGCAAGGGCGCCUUCUACCCCAACGGCGGCCAGAAGCAGCCUGGCUGUGGACUGGAUGCCACCGGCUCCUGCUCCCACGGACGCUCUGUGACCUACUAUGCUGAGGCUGUCACCCAGGACAACUUCGGCACCAUCAAGUGCGGCGACUACGAGGCAGCCGUCAAAAAGGACUGCGGCAGCACCUACAGCGGCGUUCGCCUCGGUGCCGAUACCAAUGCCUACAUGGUCGAGGGCGACUUCUAUGUGCCCGUCAACAGCAAGGCUCCCUACGGCAAUAUCCACUAAGUUUUUGUUUUCAAUAAAUAUAUAGCUCUCACGCGCUCAUCAAA